CAACAUGGCCGCGCGAGACUUGCGGUUGUCGCGGAAGGCUUCGCUGCUGGCUUCGAACGGUCGGUGGAGAAGCGAGUGAUCGCGUUCUCGUUUACACGCUGUUGUUUUUUCACGCUAAUCGCCGAACCGCGACCGGAUCUCUCGUUCGGCGAGUGCGAGGGAACUCUCGCGAGGGAGAACCGCUCACCUUCCUGAACUUCUUCUCCCCUGGCUUCGCCCUCGGACAGAACAGGGACACACUAGCCUCUCUCUCGCCGCUCUCCUGACAACACAUGCAGCUUCUCUCCAUUUGCCACAUCUUGGACCCGGACACCUGUGCGUGUCAACAAAUCGAAUACUGAGUAUCAUAACUGCUGCAUCGUCCUCUGCAUGCGUAACUGGGAAUCGGCUUUGGGACACAACCUGGAUAUUCAAGGAAGUGUAUCACCCGGGUCGCCUGGCAUUCAUCGACUCCAACAAUCGCCUCUGCUCUUCCAUAUAACAGGCACAUCAGCAAUCCACUGAUCACUGUGCACAGGUCCACAUAUUAGUGGUGCUCAGCCAGUUCCGUGGAUCGAUCGAGGAUACGACGACGACCGCUAUGCAUCAUCGAUGAAAAAGCUAAAGAAAAAGUUGGACGGCUCGGUGGGUCAUCAGCAGCAGCAGAUGACCAUCGAGAUGGCGGGCGGAUUAAACGCGAACACGACGGACAACUCCGCUCCGGAUAUCGCGAAUCGCAUCUGCCGGGACUUCCUGAGGAACGUGUGUCAUCGCGGGAGACGCUGCAAGUACCUGCACGAGCGUUCCGACGACGACCCCGUGGAGGAGUACACUUUUUGCCACGAUUACCAGAACGGCAUGUGCAACUGGCCCGGUUGCAAGUUUCUCCACUGCACUGAAAGCGAGGAGAAGCGUUUCCGGGCGACCGGCGAGCUGCCGCCCCACGUCCUCAACAGAUCCAAGAUCAGUAACGGCGACAAGUCGGACUAUCCUCUGUGCAAGGACUUCCUCAAGGGCAGCUGCCAGAGGGUCAACUGCAAGUUCAAGCAUUGGAAGAAGGAGGAGCCGCAGCACAAUCUCAUCUCGCCCUCGCAUCACAACGCGUCCAGGCCGCAGCACAACUUCAACGGCACAAGCAACGGUGGUGGCCCCGGCGGCGAGAAUCGCAGAUACGAGGAGGACAGGAAUUUUCACUGGCAAAUAGAGGAUCAGCACAACAACUUGGUGGCGAAUAACGGCGGUUACAACACGUCACAUCCCGCCGAUUACAUCGGACCGCCGGAGGCCAAGAGGCGGCUAGUCUCAGGCGAGACGGUCGUUCAUUUCGACGCUUCUACUAUCGUGGGCCAGCAACACGCCACGCAACAGGUCACACCAAGUUACUAUUACCCUGUGAUACAUCGCAACGAGGCACGGGCUAUCGUACUCGAAGAUGAGAAUGCAUUGCUGAGGAAGAAAAUAGAUGAAUUGAAGAAACAGGUCAGCGAUUUGACGGCGACAAAUGAGUUUCUGCUGGAUCAGAACGCUCAGUUGAGGAUGUCUGGCAAACGAACCACAAAUGUGACUGCGGUGACGGUGCCUGCGGUGACGAUCACAAACACGGUACCGCCGUCGCAAGCCCCGACGCCCCAGCAGAUGGUGAACGCGGCCGUGGCCGCGGGCACUCUCCGGACGGUCACCGCCAGCGUCGCCACCGUUCCUGUAAGCAUCGCGACCGUCGCACCGGUCUCGAUCUCGGCAGUCUCGAUGGCGCCGGUCUCGAUACCGCCUCCAAUCGUCACCAUGGCUCAGCAGACGAUCACGAUGAGCGGUUCCGGCCCUCCCCAGGCUACCAAUCAGCAGCCACCUAACACGCAGCAGCCCGCGAGCCUACCUCUGUCGAUAUCCGGCGCGACAGCACCCCUCGUCUCUUAUCCCAUUAUGUCUCAAGAACUUAGGCCUGUCUUGCAGUAAGCAGCGUCACGGAAGAACACUUGUACUUCGACAAGAUGACGACAUAUGAUACACACCACCUACCUACUUGGCUAUUAAGAAUAUAACGCACUCCCAUCUUCUGACUAAAUCGUAUUUCUUUUGCGAGUCGAAAGAGAGAAUGGUAGAUAGAGAGAAAGAGAGAUCAGUGGCUGUGGAAUGCAGAUAUAUCGUAGAUUUAGCAAAUAGAAACAUUCACAUUAAUGUAAUGUUCAUCCUGAACUUCUUCUCUGCUUAUUUACGCCAAUGUAGAAUCUAAGGAAAACGGAUUAGUUUAGUUUGAAAUAUAUUUUUUUUUUAAUAAGAAAAUUAAAUUAUAUUUAGUUAAAAAUAGAUUCUACCCCUUUGCUUUUUAAUUAUAUUCGAGUCUGCAUGAUAGAUUUUAUUGUGGGAUAAUUAUCUUACAUCCGUGUGGAAAGCUAUAAAAUAUAUUCUUUACCUUCUCUGUGAAUAGUAUUAGGAAUAUACGAUUAAUUAUAUAACAUAAUGAUCGACGCCAACAACUGUCGGCGAAUAUGUAUAUCCAAAGUGUGUAUAGUUGUAGAAUAGGAAUGACAAUCUAUAAUCACGAAAAUUAGUUGCAUCAUGACAUUAUGUUCCUUUAUAUAUUUUUUUCUUUAUUCAUUAUAUUAUACAUAAUCUCAUAUUAAUCUCGUUUUUCUAUAUGUGUGUAAAGCUAAAUUGAUAUUCUAUCAUUGAUAGUGAUAGAUCAAAAAAGAACUGUCGAGAAAAUUGUAAAAUAAGCGGGUGUAAAUAAGGAGAAUGACUCAUUUAGAUUAAUAUGUUAACAUAAGUACAAAGGAGAAUAAAUGUAGCAUAUUAAAAAGAAACAUCUCUCUAUGAGAAGAUUUACGUAUCACACUUCUUCCAACUGGUUUCACAGAACCUUAGUAUGGUGUUACGGUAUUAAAAGUACAACAAAAGUUUAUCUAUUGGACGAGAACUGAUUUCGGAGCUCUUGUCCGAUUUAUUUAGACGAAAUAGUCUUACGUAAAAAGCAAGCGAGUUAUUCUCCUUGUUUAUAGAAUAAAUUAUAUAAAAUAAUCUUUCAGUAUAAUUUAUGCGUAUUGAUUAAUAAUGAAUAUUAUGUACACGAUAAUGUUUUGUACAUGAUGCUGUACAUAGUAUUUCAACGUUGCUUCUUUAGAUUAAUCGCAAGAAAAGUAUAUUUUAUUCCGCUUUUAACAUACAUAAGCAAACGCUAAUUACUUUUACAAAAUACUUUAAUUGAUUAAGUACUUAUUGCUAUACACAUAGUUUUUAUCUUACCAGUCUCUAUAAUUUACUUAAAAAAGCAGCUUUUUUCUGUUUUGCAUAUUAAGGUAAAAAGCAAUGAAAAAUUUAUACUUAGCCCAUAUAUUCGAACGUAUUAAAUACAUAUACAUAAGUGUAUAUAUAC